GUUGUCAGGUGACAGGAACCUUUUAUGCUUGUGCCCCUCCUGAGUCCCAGGCUCCUGGCAUCCCGAUUGAGCCAAGCAUAAGGUCUGGUGAAGCCCUCGCCCUGUCAGACUGUCGACUCCACAUCUGCUUAUAUUACCGUGAGAUACUGGUAAAGGAGGUGACAACUUCUAGUCCUGAAGGUUGUAGGAUAUCCCAUGGCCAAAGUUACGAGGUCAGCAGCCUGGAGCAAGUUAUCUUCCCUUACCCAGAGGACAACGGCCAGAGGAAGAACAUAGAGAAGCUGCUGAACAACCGGGAGCGAGGAGUAAUACUGUGGAUGGCCCCUGAUGGCCUCUAUGCCAAGAGACUUUGCCAGAGCAGGAUCUACUGGGACGGGCCCCUGGCCCUCUGCAGUGACCGGCCCAACAAGCUGGAGCGGGACCAGACCUGCAAGCUCUUUGACACCCAGCAGUUCUUGGCAGAGCUCCAAGCCUUCGCUCUCCACGGGCGCCCGCUGCCCCGGUACCAGGUCGCUCUCUGCUUUGGGGAGGAGUUCCCAGACCCACAGAGGCAGAGGAAGCUCAUUACAGCCCAUGUUGAACCCAUGUUUGCCAGGCAGCUGUAUUACUUUGCUCAGCAAAACAGUGGACAUCUCCUGAGAGGCUAUGAUUUACCAGAACUUGUGACUAGUCCAGAGGAUUAUCACAGAUCUAUUCGCCAUUCCUCUAUCCAAGAGUAA